AUGGCCCCAGAUUGCUCCAGCUUUGUCUUCCCAAACAGUUCCCGAACGCUUCGGAAGAAGCGGCGCUUAGCUGGAGAUGAAACUUAUGGCCCGGUCCAGGCAGGCAAUGACAUGGCAAGAGCAGCAGCCUUCCUGCUGGCGGUGGCGGUUGCGCGUGGCCGGUAUGUGGUGCUGGAAAACCCGUCAGGCAGCUGCAUUUUCAGCUAUUUGAAGACCUGGCUGGAAGUAGUGCCAGGGGCUGUCAAAUGCAUCGUGCACAGAUGUGCGUACUCAAAUGCACCAGCUGGCGAGCGUUGGCUAAAGCCUUACAAGUUUCUAGCCUAUGGCCCCGGGAGCUUGGCAGGCAAUUGGAUUUGGAGAGCAGCCAGGCGCUGCCGCUGCCCCAAUGGCCAGAUGAAACUAGAAGCCUCGGGCGUGUCUGGCACUCCAGGUUUGUCAGCGUCUGCCAGCUAUCCAAAGCAAUUGGGAGAGAUGCUUGUGAAGGCAUGGCAGUGGGCCAAUGAUCACCAGAAGGAUGACGACAGCUACACGUACACCAGCGACUCGGAUAGCGAGAUGGAGGCCAGCGCAAGCUCUGACGAUCAGUCCUCAGACCCAGACGAGUUCAACCCAGGCGCGUGGCAGCGCUGA